ACUAAAAAUAACCAUUGAGCCUUUUGAGAUCUCUCUCUCUCUCUCUCUCUCUCUCUUAUGAGAGCCAUUAGAAGCUCAGCUUCCAUUCCCUCUCGUCGCCAAAACCAGAGGACAAGAGACUCAGUCGCGCGGCCGCCAUCAUCGAUCCACCCCACACUCUCCGUCCAUAAACCCAGAUGACUGAACUCGGUCAAAAAAUCGUUCAACUCAGCCUUCAGAGGAGACUUCAACGUCGCAUGUUGAUCCUCCGGCGAUGGUUCCGGAGGCUGUUGGACCGACUUCUCUUGUGCUCCAUAGGGAAACCUAUCCGGUACCGCAUGUUGUCGCAUGCCACGGCGCCAUCUCCGUCUCCUCUAGGCACGCCUGAGGUGGCGCCGGAGGAGCACAUCACGACACCCGUGUAUCAUAACCACGACGUCGACAGCUCCGACUUGGUUGCCUUGAAGAUCACUCUCUUGGGUGAUCGCCAAAUUGGAAAGACCAGUUUUCUGGAGAAGUAUGUAGGGAAUGAGGAAGAACAGGGAGCACAGCAGAAGAAAGAAUUGAAUAUAGUGGAUAAGACAUUAUUGGUUGGAGGUGCACGUAUUUCUUAUUGUAUUUGGGAAGUAGGAGGUGAUAAAAAAGCUUGGGAUCACGUUCCUGCUGCUUGUAAGGAUUCUGUUGCGAUUCUGCUCAUGUUUGAUCUAACAAGUCGGUGUACUCUAAAUAACGUCAUAAGGUGGCAUCAAGAAGCAAUAAAAUGGAAUCAAACGGCAAUUCCAGUUUUAAUCGGAACAAAGUUUGAUGACUUCAUCCAACUCCCCAUAGAUUUGCAGUGGACGAUCGGAAGUCAGGCAAGAGCAUUAGCAAAGGCCCUGAAUGCGACCUUGUUCUUUUCAAGUGCAACCUACAACAUCAAUGUCAAUAAGAUCUUCAAAUUCAUCACUGCAAAGCUCUUUGACCUACCAUGGACUGUGGAGCGGAAUCUGACUGUAGGAGAGCCCAUUAUUGAUUUUUAGUAGACUAAUAUGUAGAUAGCAAAAUCUGUCUAAAUCCCAAGAAAGUGACCUGGAGUCAGCAUGUCACCGGAGUUGUCAUUGUUGUCAGUCCACCUCCUGUUGCUUUUGAAUUUCAUGGAGAAAGGCAGAGGCGGGAGAGCCCACAUCUCCUCCAACUAUGAAUAACAUCUGUGUUGUUCAAGUUCAGCAAUUGUAGAAAGACUUCAAAGCAAGAAGGAAAAAAGAAAAUAGCAGAGAUUUUGCAUCGAUCUUUUCAAA